AAAGACUUAAAACAAAGAUCAUCUAUGCACGGACAGCAGGAGUCAGGUUGUAGGGGGAUAAUGUUGUGUUUAUAUUUCCAUUGUGUGACAAGAUAAUGUGUGGGGUGGAUGCAACAGGUGAAAUGAGAGUAUUUCGCAUGGGGAUGUUUAUUCACGAAUUUGACUGAUUAGUGUCAUGGGAAUUUGUACGCGGAGAUAUUUUCUACUGACAAUAUGCAUUUUACAAUUGGUUUCAACAGUUGAACGUCAAGUUUUCGACUUCUUGGGUUACAUGUGGGCACCAAUUCUUGCAAAUUUUUUUCAUAUAAUAUUUGUGAUAUUUGGAUUUUUUGGUGCUUUUCAGUACAGAUCAAAGUAUCUUAUAACGUAUACUGUUUGGAAUAUAGUGUGGAUUGGCUGGAAUGUAUUCAUCAUCUGCUUCUACCUUGACGUUGGCAUAUUGGACAAAGAUAGUGAUGUGUUAAAUCUUGGAACUGGCAGUGUUAGCUGGUGGGAGGUAAAUGGAGCUGGUUGCAAACCUGUUUAUCCCACAAAUCUUACUGCUGAGGACACUGAUGUAUUUCGACCUCUAAGACCAGAAUAUGUUCCUGGUUGUUUCCUUGACUAUCAGUAUGUAGAAAUCUUGCAUGCUUCGGUGCAGUGUUUAUUAGCGGUUCUUGGCACAGUUGGUGGCAUAUUUGUUUGCCAUAUUCUCUAUGAAGAUGAUGAUAGUUCCCAAGUUAACAGUUCCUAUGGAAAGAAAGCAAAUAAUGGAAACCGAAACUCUCUUUAUUCAAUUGAAUUUAGUUCUCCAGAUAAUAAUGCAGAUGACAGUGUAGAAUAUGAUGAAACAGGUCACAAUGGUAACUCACACUUAUCAGCUCCACAACUUUCUCCACGUCCCAUGACCCCACGCAGAGUGAAACGCCGUAGUGUAAUUUCGCGUGGUUCCACCAGCCGUAACUCACAGCAAGAUAAACGGGGUAGUGUGAGGCAUGGAAACACAGUGCGCUCCUCAGUUAGAUCUUCAGGACGGCGGCCGAAACUGCAACACCAGAACCCUGUGACUCGUUUAAUAGAGCAGCAGCAGAGUUUGCAGCAACAACAGGCUCUAGGAGACUCGUCCACAUCAAAUGAUUCUCAUCGAUUGAACAUGUUCGACCCUGCAUCCUCUCAAGCAGACUUGUUGAACAGCUCACAGUGGCGGAAGACUGCUGGUCACACAAACCCCUUGUAUCAGCAGAGUUCUAUGCAGUCAUUAAAUGAGGAAGAAGAUUCAUUCAACAGACCACCUUCAGCCAGAUCGAGUUACUCAAACUAUCAUGGAACACGUCCCAUCAGUUGUUAUGUAGGUUCAAGUGGGAUGAAUUCUUAUUAUGUGCCAGGACAAGCAACAGCUCAAGUACCUGUCAUAAAUACACACCGCCGUAGCAAUCGGUCAAUACCAAAAAGUAGCAGACCGAGUACUGAAUUUUUGAGUUGUGGUCCACCAGCGUAUCAGUUGCAAGGUGCCAUAGACUCUGAAACUGUUAUAUAAUUUUUUCUUUUAGCACAAAAAAUGUAAAGCAAGCCUUCACUGCCAGAAACAAAUGUGCCUCUUGUAACUGGAUGUUGUGAAAAGUUAAAAUUUUAUUUCUCUAUGGAACUGUGUACUGCAAUUAUUCACACAAAGUGCUCUUGUAUGUAAUUGAUUUGUAUAUGCUGUGUGUACAGUUCGAUGAAUGUUUGGCUCAUCAUACAUAUAUUUUGGAGCAUUAAUUGAAGAUUUGUGGUUUAUUUAAAAUAACUGAAUCACAUAUAACACAACAGUGCUGAGUAAUAUUUUGUGCCUUUCUAGUCAGCUAUUGAAUGUAGUGUUUUGUACGUGAGCAUACCAUCGUAUGUUAUAUGCGAUGGCUAACCCUCAUUAGGCUGUUGGUAAAUUCUAGUUUUCACGCGUCUCGGGAAAACUCCUUCACGUAAAAUGUUACGCCUGGGAAUCAUUUGACAAGGUAUGAAUGUGGAACUGUUAAAUAUGUAAUUAGCUUUGGAAGCAAUGAAUUCAAAAACUUACUUUUAAUACAUUUCUCAGACAUUGUUAUUGAAGCUGUAAAUAUGCCAUAAAGCACCAGGUUUGAGUAACUUCUGUUCAUUGGCAGUGUCAAAUUCAACUUGGCCAGCAGUGUCAGCAAAUGUAGAAGUAAAUUUUGAGGUCACACUUGCAACAUAAUUUUCAGGAAUGUGUAGUUGGACCGUUCUUUUCUAGCUGUUGUUUACAAAUUUUUAUUAAAUGCUUCCAUCCGUCAUAUUCCCCAAAUCCAAGAAGCAGCUCGUUGUAUGUUCUGCAAGGUGGAUUCAACCCACAGUGAUCCCUUAUGAUCUGACUACUUACUAAUGAAUGUGACAGAACCUGAUAAACCACAAUUUUUUGAUGUUUGUUUUAAUUUUUCUUCUGGGUAUUUUAUUUUAAACAUAUUACUGCACCCUCAACAAACAAUGAGAGAAUAGCUUCCAGUUUAUCCUUAACACUGAUAUUACAGGCUAUAAUUUUGACUGUUAAAGAUUUCCACUUCCUUGUGAACGGAUGUUACUGCACUUCAAACCAAGUCUCUGCUCCCGGGAUUUUUAUAUCGUUACUGGAGAUGGUGCUGCAAGGACUGUCAAUUAGUGUCGGACCCAAUUUCUGCUUUUUUCGUUCAUCAAAUGUUUCUGUUCAUCUGUCACAGUAUAAAUUUAGAAUCCACAUUAUCUUCUUAACAACAAAGGCCUAAUACUUUUAAAAGGUCCAUAAAAUGCAUUUCCUACAUCUGAAGCAAUUUUUAUACAUUUUGACAGCCUGAAACACUGAUAGUUGGUUCUGGUGAGAAGAAAGCAACUUAAUAAAUAGUAAGUAGUAAAAAGGCUGUAAAGAUUUAUUUUCAUAACCAGCUUUAAAACUUUCUGACAACUUUGGAUGACUCAUAUAUUUAUUAUAACAUCACUUUACAUAACACAGACAAAUAUAACAAAUUUCUAGAAUUGGGAAAAUUUUACAAUCGCCUUGAUCAUAUUAAAAGACUGAUUUUUUCAAAAUAUGAUUGAAAACUAUUAUUGUGAUUGUGAGAAGUUAAAUGAAAAAUUUGAUCAGUUUUUGUAUUAGUUGUACAAAUAUCAGAAAUAAAACGUAUUUGUGGAAUCUGUUACUAUAACUGCAUCAGUCCCUCAGAGGUUUUUAUCUAUCUUUCCAAAACUUCUUUCAAACCACUUCAGCUCAUCACCCUACAAAGUUUAUUAAGUAAUCAUAAGUUUGUUAUUCUACAGAUCUUAUAUCAUAUGGUGCAUGUCAUUUUGUGGAUCAGAUACGUUGCGCUGUUUAUUUUUAUUUAUCUAAGGAUCACACGUUGUGUUAGUAGAAUGAAACACAGUAACACAAAAUAUAAAUGCACACAGAAUUCAUAAAUGUACCCCAUGAAUAUGACGGGUGAUAGGCCUAGCCUUGAAGGAACCAUCCUGGAAUUUACAUUAAAUGAUUUAGGAAAACCACAGAAAACCCAAAUCAGUACGGCUGGACAGAUUAAACUCCAUCCUCCCGAAUAUGGGGGUCAGUAUCUUAAUAGCUGCACCACCUUACUCGAUCACUACAUAUUGUAAAAUGUUCUUUGAUUUACAUCCAAUUUGUGUCACCACACACACUAAAGACACCUGGUGAUGAUUUCUGAAUUAUGAAGGUGGCGCUGUGCCCCUUGUGCUAACUCCUGUCCGUUUGACUCCAGGACCAGAAACAUGCAACUAUGCUCCAUGUUUGUCUUCCUGUCCUCCCCUCUGUCUACCUAAAAAACUGAGUCAGCAUUCCCCCCCACCUGACGAGUGAGAUACUGAAGUCUGGAGAAGACAAGACAUUACUAUCAUGCACCUUAUAUCUUGAUAGAAGAUUUUCUUUUAAAAACAGUAAACUGUGAUAAUGUAUUUAAAUGUGACAAGAUGUAGUUAUCUCCUUUCAUCAUUAAUCAUUACAUUGAGUCCUACAAGUGAUAUUUGAUUGCGUAACAUACGCAUUACUUAUGAAAAAAGUUUUAGCUGUCUUUUUGAACAGAUGUAUUUUAGUAAUCUCUUUCAUUUCCUUGGACAGUUUAUUAUACUAUUUUAUUCUCUGAGGGAAUGUGCUUUAUAGUCUGUUUUUCCUUGGUAAAUAUAAUUCCUAACUAGCUAUUAUUCCAUGAUGAUGUAUGGAACUAAUUACUGAUAUAUCCCCUAAUUUGCUUAACAGAUUGGUAGAUGUUCUCACUUGGUGCAGUAAGGAUGCCAUAUUUUUUAAACAGCCCCUUACAAUCAGCACUACUACUACUACUACUACUAGUAGUAGUAGUAGUAGUUGUUGUUGUUGUUGUUGUGGUUGUUGUCCUCUUCUCUUUCCAUUUUCUGCCGUUUGAAAAUUGUGUCCAGGUUUUGUGUCUCAUCUACAGAAAUGGAUUCCAUAGCUAAAAAUUAAGUGUACGUAGUAGUAAAGUCUUUCUUUCUCAUUGCAGCUGAUAAAUCUCUUCUGAUCCGAGGUUCUGGACUACUUUUCUGUAACUCUUCCCAUUUCCUAAAUCUGGUCAGUCCAAUUCUUUCUUCCCCUGCAAUCGUUCCGUCAGGAGGAGGAACCACUGGCUCCUUAAGCUUGUACAUUUCCUUAACUUUUCACCUAACGCUGCUUGAAGGGUAGACUCUUUUGUCCAUCCAUUCAAAAAAUGAUUAUUUCCUUUUAUGUAUUAUUUCAAGAUAGUCAGUUAUUCUUGAGAAUGAACACACAAGUGAAAUUGGCCUGUAGUUUCCUAUAAUUGACGUAUUACCUCACCUAUAGGGACAAUUUGUGCAUGCUUUAGGUACAUGGAAAAAAUACUUGAAUUGAAGGAGUCAUUUAUUAUGUUUGUUAAUAGGGCUUGUGUGUUGUCCAUGCACUCUUUCAGAACAGACUCUGGAACCUUAUCUAUACCUGCUGACUGAUUUUUUUAGUUACUGUUUUGGCUUCAUGAUUUUAAGUUCUGUUGUGAAAAAUAUUAUCACUGUGACUGCUGUGACACUGUGUACACUACACGUGUUUUAAGAAGAUUUUGCUGCAACUUUUCUGCAGUGCUAGAUAAAUAGUCACUUACAAAAUUUGCCCGAUGAUUUUACUACUAUUCUACACCCGUGUUUGACUUUUGUGUUGUUAUGCUUGUCUACCUUUUCCAGUUCCUUGAUUUGUGACAUAUUAUACUACUUUGCUUUUAUUUUAUGCAUCAUAUAUUAUUUUGUCAUUGGGUGAUUUUCUUCAGAGCAAUCAGUACACCAACCGAGUAUUUCCUUUAUUUUACUCAGUAUUGCAAAAGAGCUAAAGAAUGAUACUUUUUUAACUUGGAUGGAAAACCACAAGAGGAUGCACAGACUAAAGUUACAGAUGAGACGUAGGAAAAUGAGCUAUAAGUUAAAAAGAUCUAUUUGGAGAUGAGCAAUACUGAUUUGAAACCAGUUACGGACUGAUCAAUAAAAAUCAUAAUUUUACUGGUGCAAUUUUAUUAACAUGUUCCACUUUGAAAAUGUCACGGCAUCCCCCUGUGGAAAAAUUAAAUCUAGAUGAGUGUACCAGGUCACAAAAUGUGACUACACUGCGUCAUCCUUUGAGAUAAGUGUAAAAUGAUGAUCUGUGCACAAAAAGGAAAAGAAUUAUUGUUUGGUUGUAAGACAAUGCUGACAUAUCUCUCUAACUUUACACAUAAUCACUUAAGAUACUGGAACUCACUCUGUAGUUAGGCCUAAUGAUAUGUCUCAGAGAUACAUAUGAAAACUAGGCAGUUAAAUAUAUGUACUAACUAAGAAACAUGUAAGAAAGGCUGUGAUUUCCAAAUGAAAUUUCAUAUACUGAAUAUAGUUAUUCGAAUUUAUCUGUCAAUGAGUAUAUUUACAACAUGCAGCUCUGGUAGUAUGAAGUAUCAAAUCUUGUUAGUAGGUCUUAUUAUUUUCAUUGAAUAAUGAACAUGUACCAUUGUAUUUGACAGUGAUUGUUCACUACAUUUUUGCCUGUCUUCCAUGAAUAGAAAGCUAUGUGCCUAUUAUU